AUGCGUUCGAACACCAUCCGCGCUCUUACGCUUCUGACAGCCACCGCGGCCACAGUCGCUGCUGAGAGCACCGUGUCGCUGUUCAUGCCCUACGCUGAUCCCCAGAGUCUUGUGGCGGAAGUCGUCGGCAGUAGCGGCUCUGCAACCACCUACGUCGUCAACUGCGCCUCUGCCGGGGAUGACUGCGGUAUGCCCUCAAGCGGUUUCACAAUUGUCCAAGGCGCCUCGACGGUGCAGCAGACGUAUUCUUACGACGACUACUACGCCGCAUACGCGUGCAAUCUCGACGGCACCACCUCCAUCUCCUGCCUCAUAUCGGAGAUGGACAGCACCACAACCCGUGUAACUGCGACCGCCAUGACCACAGACAUGGGCUCUUUCUUUCUGCCCGUUGUGGUGACCGGCACUGCCACCGCCGGUGCCCAUGCCACUACCGGAGCAUCCGUCACAGGGAGCACGGCUUCGGCGACUGGAAAGACUACUACCCUGGCCACGUCGGGCCCGUCUGCGACGAGCGGCGCCCAGGCCACUGGCUCCUCGGCUUCGGCUUCGGCUUCGGCCUCGGCGUCCCACAGCUCUAGCGGAAACGCUGCCGUGCCUCAGAUUACUGGGAAUGUCAACUGGGCUGUUGGGGGCGCUGCUAUGGCAAUGGCUCUGGCCCUGGCUUAA